CGAAAAAUCAGUAAAGCAAGUGGUAAGGCGCUGCAUGUCAUGAGCGGAGCGGUCAUAUCACGCACAACGUUAGGAGUUCCCUCGCAUACGGUGAAAACGCCCCUCUACUCCCUUCCUAGCUGUUUCCGUCCGUAAGCAUCUCUCUGCCGGCUUGUGCCUGUCUGCUGUCCCAGCCUGCAGGGCUACACCUCCCGGCAGAGGAAAGGCGCUACGGGGCGGUGGCGUCCGUCUUCCAGUUUUCUGCAAUCUCAAUGAUCACAAUCUGGAUUGAAGCUUGACACCCGGACCUGACAGGACAGGACUGCAGUCCAUUUCUAUGACAACAGAGACGGCUUUGGCUGGGGAAUUGAAGAACGCAAUGGAGGGUGACGCCAUGAGAACCAAUCAGGUUCUUGAGGACCAGGGGGACAUGGAUGAUAGUUCAGAGAAGACCCCCAGCAAAGCAUCCAAAUCCCCCCAGAAAAGCAGCAAGCGGCCCAAGACCGUUCCUGUCAAAAUCACUCUACUUGAUGGCUCGGACUAUGAGGCUGGAGUCGAGAAAUUUGCCAGGGGCCAGACCCUGCUGGACAUGGUGUGUGGCCAUCUGAACCUGCUGGAGAGGGACUACUUUGGCUUGACUUUCCAGGACACAGACAACUCCAAGCAUUGGUUGGAUCCUUCCAAAGAGAUUAAGAAGCAAAUUCGGGUUGGUUCCUGGAUAUUUGGAUUUUCUGUCAAGUUCUACCCUCCAGACCCGUCUGUACUCAUUGAAGACAUCACCAGGUACUACCUGUGCCUGCAGCUGAGGGAUGACAUCCUGUCGGGUCGUCUGCCCUGCUCGUUUGUCACCCACGCCCUUUUGGGCUCCUACACUGUUCAGGCCGAACUAGGAGACUACGAGCCAGACGAACACGGUCCAGACUACGUCAACGACUUCCGCUUUGCACCCAACCAGACACGUGAGCUGGAGGAGAGAGUGAUGGAGCUGCAUCGUAACUACAGGGGAAUGAGUCCAGCAGAUGCAGAGGUAAACUUUCUAGAAAAUGCCAAGAAGCUUUCUAUGUAUGGAGUUGACCUGCAUCAUGCAAAGGAUUCAGAAGGAAUUGACAUAAUGCUUGGUGUGAGCGCCAACGGUCUGCUAAUCUACCGAGACCGUCUAAGGAUUAACCGGUUUGCCUGGCCAAAAAUCCUCAAGAUCUCCUAUAAGAGAAGUAACUUCUACAUCAAGAUCCGUCCCGGAGAGUAUGAACAGUUUGAGAGCACCAUAGGCUUCAAGUUGCCCAACCAUCGGGCCUCGAAGCGAUUGUGGAAGGUCUGCAUUGAGCACCACACCUUCUUCAGGUUGGUUUCCCCAGAGCCGCCACCCAAGGGCUUCCUGGUGAUUGGCUCAAAGUUCCGCUACAGCGGGCGGACCCAAGCCCAGACCAGACAGGCCAGUGCUUUGAUUGACAGGCCUGCUCCACAGUUUGAGCGGUCCGUUAGCAAGCGGUACAUGCUGCCCCGAAGCAUUGAUGGAGCCUCAACUCUAGGCUACAGUAUGGACCAGCUGUCCCAGCGAAGCUCCAGUGAACGCACACAGUUCAUGUCCAGAGAAGACCUGGACCAGGAGGGCAGCCUGGACCUGGACCACGAUCAAUACCACAUUCAGGACCAAGACCAGGACCAGUACACAGAUCAGGAGCUUGAUAGUCAGGAUCAAGAUCAAGUUCAGAAGCACACUUGGGGUGCCCACAUCUCAACACCCACCAGGACUUUGGAGCUCAAGGGCGAGGAGGAAGGCUCCCCUUUAGACUCCAAACCAGAGGAUCUGGCCACCCCUCGGCCCAAACAGGAGCAGCAGUUUUUGGAUAAGCCAGAAGAUGUUCUACAAAAGCACCAAGCCAGCAUCAAUGAGCUGAAGAGGGCUUUAAGGCAGCCUAACAGCAAGAUGGCCCAGAGGGAGAAACGCCUCUCAUCAGCUACUCCUCCCGGAGGAACCCCCGAGCGAAAACCAGCGACCGCUGAUGCCAAAUUGAUUGACAAGCAGGAUGAUUGUGAAGAAGAGCUUGACACUUGGUCUAAAGUGGAAAUGAGUAAGACCUCUUCUAUGGGUGGAGACGCGUUCUUUGUGCCACCUUGGACUGAAGCAAAGAUGAAUUAUUGUCAAACAGUCAGGGACUCUUUAAAAACUCAAUGUGGGACAUCUCAGAAACAGGACACAGACUUUACACCAACAGGACUAACGGAUAUGAACCAGGUGGAUAAUACAAUAGCAACUAACGGGCAUCACGAUUCUGUAUUGGCGAGGAAUGCCAUUCAUGAAAAUGGAUACGGAUCUCCACAUGACAAACAGGGCAGUGCAAUCAACAGAGAUAUGAGGCAUUGUCAGUAUGAGCACAACAUUCAUCGAGUGAGACCAAAGAACUUUGAAAGUCCAAUGGCUGUGGAUUCUCUCCCAAAAGGUAAAGGAGGCAGGAUUGAGAGUGAUGCGAGUCAUUGUGAUACUUGGAAAACAAAAGACCUGAGCCCUGUGGGAGACUGCAACAUAACUGGGAACUCACGCUCAGACGUCCCCAAAAUAGUUCCUCUCAAGCCACAGAGAUCAAAGAAGUCUUUGAAUAAGGAGAACACAGGGGAUAUGAACCCUCAAACUCAAAGUGGGUCUGAUAGAGGCAUCUGUGGUGUGACUGGGGAUCUACAGAUGACAAAAUCCAAAGACGGAUCCUUUGAGGAAGGGAGGAGAGUGGAUAGCAAUGCUGUACUGCAGUCUGCCACAGAUGUUGUCAAGGAAAACACAUGGGCCACCAAAUACCACAGUCAGGCUACAAUGUCAUAUCAACAGCAAGGUUUACUACAUCAACAGAUUAAGAAUGAACUGUUUGGACAACAGGAGCUCAGAGACUGCAGAGGCACAACUGGACAAAGUCUGUGGACAAGAGGAGGACAUGAAGACCAUUUUCAGAAAAGCUCCGAGAUUAAAGAGAAUCUCUUCCCUAGUUCCAAAUUUCCAACAGCUCCCCCUCGAACUCUCCCGCUGAAAACACAGUGGUCCCGAGACAGACAGAGCAACGUGGACAGCAGCCACAUCCACCACAGGACGCCCAGCCAAGAAACAGCCAAGCGGAAGCAAGUGGACACACCUCCCACACCGGCUAUUCAUGAGGAACCUUUCAACGAAGCUUCAAGGGAACCAUGGGAAAGACGUCUAGGCUCCGUCUCCGAGGACGACCAGGACCAUGAGAUCCUGUACCUGAAGGAGACCCACCUGGGCAUCGAGCGCAAAUGUUCCAGCAUCACGGUCAGCUCUACAUCCAGCUUGGAGGCCGAAGUAGAUUUCACCGUCCUCACGGACCUGCAUACGGGCAUGGAGGAGUUUUCCAGGGGCAUGACAGAGCUGGGGGAGAGGGAUGUGUCACCUGAUGUAGGUCUAUGCUUUGGCAUGGACUUCCUCCAGCAGCAGUGUCCCUCUGAACCCCCUCCUCCGCUGGUGUCCGCCCCUCUGUCCAGAGGAGCCAGCAGCAGCCCUCCUGCCAAACAUAUUCAGGCUGAAGAAGUCCGACCAGAAGUGAAACGGUCAGAUGUGCAGCCUGUAGUGCCCAAAAAACCAAAGAGGUCAGUGCCGGUGUCGUCAUCAGUGGACAGAGAGCAGUCGCACAGAGAAGCCAGUCGCGUCUCUGGCGUCACAGUGAUGAGCAGGGAGGCCAGUGAUGUCAUGCCUACACCGACGGUGAGGAAGACGGACGUCAAGACUGAGACUCAGCCCAAUGGGUCAGAGGUUACGACCACCAUCCUGGAGUUCACAGAUCAGGAUCACGGUAUCACUGGCCUGAGUGAAGUUUCUUACUCUACAAGGCAGAGUGUUUCCCCUGUGCAUAUGAGCAGUCUUGCAAGAGAGGCGUCAGGGUCGCCCAUCCUCGUUACUGAGAAUGUUACCUCGGCAACCACUCACGUCACCAAAACGGUGAAAGGAGGAUAUUCAGAGACCAGGAUCGAGAAGAGGAUCAUAAUCACAGGAGACGAUGAUGUUGAUCAGGAACAGGCUCUGGCUAUUGCAAUACAGGAAGCCAAGCAACAGCAUCCAGACAUGCAGGUGACCAAGGCAGUUGUUGUCAGGGAAACAGAAUCAUCCACUGAGGAUCGACACGGGGCAUCAGAGUCCUGAUUUCCUGAGACAAGAUCGCCCCCCUUUGGACCGAAAGUGUCAGUGCCAGACCUGAAAUUGCCAUCCACCAUCCCUACUGAUAGACUACUGCCAGUGGUGCUCAAAUGGAGCCUCUUGUACACACACACACACACACACACACACACACACACACAAAGCUGAAACAAGACUCUUCUGAAAUUCUUUUUAUUUUCAUUCAAACAUUUCACUUUUCAAAUCAUUCUAGUUCAGCAGAGUGAUUUGGCUGGCUACAAAAAAAAACUAACAUUCAUGGUCCUUGAUUGGUCAACAAUAUGCCACCAGAAUUCCAAACAUCUGGAACAACUAAAGAGAAAAAAUCCGAAUCCAACUAAAUUCCCUGCAAACCUCUCAUGCCUCUAUGUUCAAGCCACUUGCUUAAGUAUUCCUCAAAGGUCUAAGGGAAUCUGUGCACUCAUUCACACUGUGGAAUAACCCGAGGCCAUGUGGGUACCCAUCUCACGCAGAAAGUAUCAUUUGUAAAAUAGAAAAGAAAGGGUCAUGCACCUAGGAGUGCCGUUUACAUGUCUGUGCUGCUGUACUGAAAAACAAGAAAUCAUGAGAUCCCUGCUGUGUGUUGGAAAAAAAAAAAACUGCUGUAAAAACCUACUGUGUGUGUGCUUACGUGUAAUAAGUAAAUUAAUCCAUUACAUCUAGCUCCAGUACUGUUAAAGGAUCCAGUGAAGCAGGGUUUAGCGAGAGCAGAGCAAAUCCUGCUUUUAGUUUUCACUCUUGCAUAGCCUGUCUAAUGAACAAAUGAGCUUUGUCCCACCCCCUUCACGUUGACUGAUGAGGAUGCUCUGAGCAGAACGGAUCAUGUAGAGCAACAAGGUCCUCUGGUGGUGCUCGUUCAAUUUUUCAGAGCUUGUCUGAUUACUAUACUUCCCUCUAUCUGUCUCACCUGAAAGAUUUGACUUCUGUAAAAUGUAUUGGACCAUGGUGUGUCAGUUGCUGCAUCAUGAUGGACUUUGAUUGGACUGUUAGAGAAUGGACUGUGUAUGUGUCUGGAUAUUAGGAGCUGUGAACACACAGUGUACCUGUCGUAUUUAUUCAAAUGGUGGUGAUGUAGUUUCUGAGCAUGCUGGUGUUUCAGAAUCAGCCCAGUUUCCUUUCCCAGCCUUUAGAUAUGCUUUCAGAAUCCAGCUGCAUAUAAUACCACUUGUGUAGUCAGUACUUAGAGUAGACUCACACCCUUGUUCAAGUCACAGAAUGGGCGGCUGCAUCAGUAAAACUAGUAUUUGAGAUAAUGUUUGCAUGAUAAUUUCUUGCAUUAUUAGACUGUAAUUAAAUAAUAUGAAUAUUAAUUCUAGGACGGAUGGCUCGUGAUGAUCAAGAUAUAAAGGCUGUAUUUACUUUUGUAAGUAUUCACAAUGUGAAGUCGAAUCUGAGGUCUGACAAGUAAAAAAAUAAAUUAAAAAAAUAGGAAAUUCAGCUUCCUUUAUAGGAAAUGAACAGUAUUUAUCAGAAAUAGUGGGAAAUAUCAAGCACACAUUACACUCCUUUUAGUAAUCCCAAGAUGCAAUGACAGCACAGUGGCUACUGUUUUAUCUCAUUCAAGCCACUGGUGCUGUUAUUACAUAUUGCCUUGCUUUUAAUUGAAUCCACCCCCCCCCCUUAAUGAAAAAUGAAGUAGGACUGUCAUGCCUACAUUCAGUUGUGGUAACUGAUAUUUUCUCACGGCUUUUUAUUGUACAACACAUUCUCUUUAUCUUUUCACACAAUUUGCAGAAAUGGUAUUAUGCAUCACAACCCUUCCAUUACUCUUUCAAGGCAAAGAACAGUGUUAUAAAUAAAAUAUACAGUAGGAGCAGAAUCUUUGGAAUUGUAGUUUUGUGGGAUUUGGUACAUGAAUGUUAGCGGGAUGCCAAAGGCACGUGCUGUAGUGUGCUCAUUAAGGUAGCAGUGAAAUUGUACAAACUCUGAUUUUAUAUGAAAAUAUUUGUAUGAACAAGCUACUUUUGAUUACAGAGUUUCAAGAAAGUCAAAUGCAUAAACUUGACACGGCAAGGGUUCCCUUUAAUUAUGGUGUCUUUAACUUUACUUGCAAAAUACCUGUCCUUCUUGCAAAAGUCACACGUUACAUAUUAAUCCAUACAUGCAGCAGCAAAUUCAUUCAAUUGAGAAAAAAUUAUGUCAGGUUUAUGAGGGUUUUACUGAGGUAGAACUUUGGCUUUCAGACACUGAACUUCUCCUGUCAACAUUCACGUGUAGUGUUAUUCCCAUUGUAUUUCAUAUUUUGGUUCCAAAUCCUCUAAAGUGAUGAUCAAUUAUGGAUCUGG